UUGGGGGCACCUUGUCCGUACGCCGCUGUCGGGGGCGAGCACGUGCGUGAGCGAGCGAGCGAGUGAGUGAGCGCGUGAGCGCGCCCGCCCGCGUCUGCUCUGCUGUUGCUGCCCUUUGAUCCCCGCAUUAGUGCGAGUUAGUCGGGGGCUCCGAGGAGACGCAAGGCGGGCGAUAGUGCGAGUUAGUCGGGGGGGGCUCCGAGGAGACGCAAGGCGGGCGUUAAGUGUGAGUUAGUCGGGGUGGCUCCGAGGAGACGCAAGGCGGACGUUAAGUGUGAGAUAGUCGGGGGGGCUCCGAGGAGACACAAGGCGGGUGUUAGUGUGAGUUAGUCGGGGGCUCCGAGGACACACAAGGCGGGCAAAGCACGGCGAGCAAGCGGCGCUGGUGCCUCCUCCUCCCGCCUGCCCGGGCUCCCCUUUAUCCCCCCUCCUCCUCCUCGCCCGACGCUCCACUUUGAAGACAACCGGCAGCCAGGUGCACGACCGCCGCCGCCGCCGCUUUCGAGAUCCUAGCGGCCGCCGUCCAGCUCCCGGGGUCUCCUGAGAUGGGGAGCGAGCCUCCUGCCUUGGUCGGCCCGCAGCAGGACGAGGAGAGAAUGUGAUUAAAAACAACAAGGAGGAGGAAAAUGCCCAGGAGGAAGCAGGAGCAACCCAAGCGUCUGCCUGCACAUUUGGACAGCAAUGACGAAGGAGGGCCUGACAGCGGCGCUGUGGAGGAGGAAGGCUGGUUUGGGAAUGCUUCCGACACGCGCUCAGAGUCUUCAUCCUACGGCGACACCCAGGACGAGCUCUUCCUGCAGAGAGGUUCGUCCCCCGACGGAGUCAGCCAUGACGACUGCGGAGGCGAGAGUUCCACUCCGGUCAACCGUGCCUCCUUGGAGCUGCUCGGGCUGGCCGGAGGCGCCUUCUCUCCUCAGGACACGGUCUCGUCCGUGGUGUCGUCGCUGUACGGCGAGGCGGCGUCUCGCGCUCUCGGGAAACCGCUCAGCAGCAACCUGCGGCGCCUACUGGAGGCCGGGUCGCUGAAACUGGACACGGGGGACCUUCUGGGUCGGUCGUCCAGGGGUGUCGCAGGUGGUGACUCCCCUCCCAUAGGGCUUGCGUCGCCCUUGCCCCUGUCCCCGUCUUCCCACCACUCGCAGCAGUUAAGUGCUCUUGCUCGUAAAUUGGCCAACAACAACAGCGGCUCGGCCUCGCCAGCCCCGUCGGCGCCCUCAGUCAGCAACAUUAAACAAGAGCCGCUUGACCACUUUAACUCUGUCACCCCAAGCAACGGCGGUGGCUUUGUAUGGGCGGGCGUUGCAGACAAGUGGCCCUGCGGUUCCAGCCUGUCUCCUGAUUCAGCCAUACAGAAGUUAAAAGCGGCGGCGAACGCGGUACUUCAAGACAAGAACGCCGUGUCCUCCUCCGCCACCACCACGUCCUCUACCUCCGCCUUGUCCGCGGUGUCGGCCCUGGGAGGAGCGGCCGGGGCAGGCGGCCGAGGAGACGACGUGGUGCGCUUCGAUGCCUUCAACUCUCCGUUCAGCCCGCAGUCGGCCAGCUCCACCUUAGCAGCGCUUUCCAAGAAAGUCAGCGAGCGGAGCCACGCCUCGUCCACGUCCGCCGCGCCCGCCGACCACCAGAACUCGGCGAGCUCCUUCCUCUCGCUCGUGUCGAUGACCUCCUCCGCUGCCUUGCUCAAAGAGGUGGCAGCCCGGGCGGCGGGGAACAUGCUGGCCGAGAAGAAGGAGGGGUCCCCGCUGGCGGCCUCUGUGGUCCUCCAAGAGGACAUAAAGCCCAUUCUGGACAACAACCAGAAGGCCAGCACACCAUCCACGCCCACCCAGGGCCUGGACUUAUUGUUGCCCUCCACGCCGAAAGGAAGAGGCAAGCCCAACAGUCAAGCAGGCUCCCCAGAGGACGGUGGCAAACCCUUCCAGUGUCCCGUCUGCGGCCUGGUCAUCAAGCGCAAGAGCUACUGGAAGAGACACAUGGUCAUCCACACCGGCUUGAAAAGCCAUCAGUGUCCCCUGUGUCCCUUUCGCUGCGCUCGCAAAGACAAUCUCAAGUCCCACAUGAAGGUACAUCAGCACCAAGACCGGGGCGAGACGUUUCAGUGCGAACUCUGCCCCUUUACCUCCUCCCGCCACUUCAGCCUGAAGCUUCACAUGCGCUGCCACCAGCACUUUCCCCGCACUGACAUCAAGGUGAAAGAGGAGCUCACUACCGACACGGAGGGCGAGGGCGACACCGUCUCCAUGGACACCAGGGGGACCCAGGUGUCCCCGCUGCACGCCGACAUCCGGCAACAGUCGUCUCCGCCGAGCGAGGCCUCGUCCAAUCACGUCCACAUCAAGGAGGAGCCGCUGGAGAGAGACCUGUCGGUGCUCUCGCCCUUCAGCAUCUGCAGAGAGCGUCCUGGCAGCAGCGCAAACUCCUUGGAUCUGCCCGGCGUGGGCGGCGGGGUCCGGUCUAGCCCGAGUGGUCCAACCACAGCCUCCCUUUUCAGCCCAGACAUCACCACCAAGACAGCCACUGACCUGCUCAUGAAACUAUCGGCGGCCAACCAGAGGGAAGCACUUAAGUCUCCGUUCCACUUGAAAGAAGAACCCAAAAUGGAGGAAGCGUUGAGUCCCAGACCGGCCUCCCAGUGUCAUAUCCAGUCCGGCUUCCUUGGGACCUUCUGCCAGGACGGGCUCGCUGGUGUCCCAGCAGCCUCUGAGCGCCCGAGGUCGCUCAAACCCAGCGACGGAAGUCCCUCAGCUAAGAAGAGCUUGCUGAGCCAGGAUAUCAAUGUUAAAGUGGCUUCUGAGUUGCUGAUGAAGCUUUCAGAGAACAACAAAGAUGCCCACUUCCAGAAGGUGAAGGUAAAAGCAGAGCCCAUGGAGGUGGACCCGGCCCCCGCAGAACUCACCUCGCCUGCUUCUCACCUGCUGGCCUUCAGCACUUUAGGGGCGAGCGAGAAGACCGAGCCUAUGCCGGAGCCGCUGGUCCGCCCUCAGAAAGACCUCUUCUCCCAAGACAUCUCGGUCAAAAUGGCCUCCGAACUCCUCUUCAAAUUGUCAGAAAAAGUGAGCAAAGCCAACAACCUAAAAGACGGCAACAUGGUGGGAAUUCACAGUCCGUUCCUGGAUGAGUGCUUUAGACAAUCACCCUUCAACUCGCGCUCCAAAAGCUCUUCCCCCGCAGAGGCCAGCUCCUCCACCAGGGCAGCUUUCCACGACGCUGACAAGGAUGACGGGGAACCGGGAAACGGGAUCGCUCAGUGGAGACUAAACGAGCAGCUCUACCCAUGUCCCAUCUGUGGGAAAGUGUUCGGUAGACAACAGACGCUUUCUCGACACCUGUCCCUGCACACAGAAGAGAGGAAGUACAAGUGUCACCUGUGUCCGUACGCCGCCAAGUGCAGAGCCAACCUCAAUCAGCACCUGACCAUCCACUCUGUCAAGCUGGUCAGCACGGACGCCGAGCACAUGGUCAGCGCUGACGCCGCAGAGCGCAAAAACUGCGCCUACUACUACAGCUGCCACGUGUGUGGCUUCCAGACGGAGCUCAACGCCCAGUUUGUGGGCCACAUGUCUCUCCAUGUGGACAAGGAGCAGUGGAUGUUCUCUCUGUGCUGCAGCAUCUGCGACUACGUGUGCAUGGAGGAGGGCGACAUGAAGAACCACAUAAGCACCGGACACUCAGGCCUGAACUCGAGGAGUCCUCUGAGCGAGACCAAGAGCACGUCGUCGUCUCUGUCGGCUCUCAGCGACUCGCUCAACAGCUCAGAAGGCGGCGACCUGAUGGUGCACGGCGGCGAGGACCUCAAGAGCCUGCUGGCCCCGCCCUCCUCGGCCGGCAGCCAGUCCAGCGCCGGGAGCCAGUCGGGGACGGAGGACAAAUCGGAGAAAGGGUUCGAGUGCGUGUUCUGCACGUUUGUGUGCAAGACGCGCAGCAUGUACGAGCGCCACCUGCAGAUCCACCUGAUCACGCGCAUGUUCGAGUGCGACGUGUGCCACAAGUUCCUGAAGACGCCCGAGCAGCUGCUGGAGCACAAGAAGUGUCACACCGUCCCCUCCGGAGGGCUCAAGUGUCCUUUCUGCAUCUACUCCACCAAUCGUCCGGCGGCCAUGGAGUGCCACCUGAAGACGCACCUGAAGAUGGAGCACCGCUGCCGCAUCUGCCAGGGACUGUGGCCCGACCGCCCCUCGCUGGAGGCCCACAUGCGCGCCCACCGCCUGGGCAACCACUACAAGUGCGAGCAGUGCGGCUACCUGUCCAAGACGGCCAACAAGCUCAUCGAGCACGUGCGCGUGCACACGGGCGAGCGGCCCUUCCACUGCGACGUGUGCUCCUACAGCUGCAAGCGCAAGGACAACCUCAACCUGCACAAGAGGCUGAAGCACGCGCCGCGACAGACCUUCGCCUGCCGGGAGUGCGCCUUCGCCACCACGCACCCCUUCGUCUUCAGCCGCCACCUCAAGAAGCAUCAGGGCGGGAGCGCCAAAGAGGAGGAGGGAGACGACGGGACGGGCGAGGAGGGGGCGUCGCCGGGGGGUCCGUCCGCUCGGAGGAGUCUCCUAGGGGGCGUCGCCGGCCUCGCCGCGUCGCAGGCGCUGCGCUCCGUCGCCAUGUUGAACACGUCCCCCUGCGGCGCCACGGCGGACCGCAACAGGAAGUGCGAGCGGGCGCGCCUGAUCCCCCUCACCACCUUGUUCACCCGCAGCAGCCGCCUCACAUUCCACGCCUCCCGCCGCCUCCCCCUCUCGGCCUCCCACUCCCACUCCCACAAACACUCCUUCCUGGCCUACCUGGGACUGACGCAAAGGGCCGAGACUGAUUGACCCCGCCUCCUUUUCUUGUCCAAUCAGAUCUUGGCAAGGAUCUGCCGAGAAACAUUUCUGUACAUGCUAACAAGCUCAAAUGCAUUUCUAUCAAAAAGCUGCUUUUCUUAUAAGCUCUAAUUAUUACCGCUAAGCUCCGCCCCCUCCGGUCGAUCUUGUUUAAGCUUUUUUUUCUUUUGUUUUGUCUGCGGAAAGACUUGCAAGUUCUCUCUUUGUCUUUUGCUACGACGCAUCGAGCUCGCAUGUUUCCGUCUUUCAGGAAGCGAACGCCUCAAACCACGCACUUAUUUAUCAACGUGUACAUACCUUUUGUAGCCCCGCCCACCACUUAUGGUCAAACCAUAUUAUUAUUAUUAUUAUUACCCGACGUCACCUCUUGUCUCGGAAUGUUUUUCUAAAGCUCUCCUGUAAAUACCACAGAAUAAAUCCACCACCAAGUCGUGCAAAUAAGAGCGGACCUACGAGGAGCGCAGGCGGCUUUAAGCGCCGAUUUUAUUGGUGCUUUUUGUAAUUUUUCUGUACAAAAAAAAAAGUGAACGAUAAGAAGACAUGUUCCAAACAAAAAGACUUGAAUGAAUGUAUUUUUGUUGAUACAAAAAGUGUGAAGAGGGACAAGACGAAGGAAAAGUUUAGCGUGUUUGGUGGCCUUUUUUUGUUUCGCUUGUUUGAACUGAGCCUAUGAUGUCAUCCUUUGUUUCGACUAACAUUCAUUACAAAUGAUUCCCUGAUGAUAAGCGGCGCUAAUCUUUGAACUGCACUCCACUUGGAGAUAAAAACCAACAAUCAAUUCCACACAAUUGACCAAAUCCUUGAUGAAACGAGUAUUGAUCAAGUAGGGAAGGGAUUAUAUAAAUCCAAUCUAUUAUUAUUAUUAUUAUUAUUACCGUAUUUUUCGGAGUAUAAGCCGCACCGGCUGAAAAUGCACAGUAAAGAAGGAAAAAAACAUAAGUCGCACUGGAGUAUAAGUCGCAUUUUUUGGGGAAAUGUAUUUGAUAAAAGCCAACACCAAGAAUAGACAUUUGAAAGGCAAUUUAAAAUAAAUAAAGAAUAGUGAACAACAGGCUGAAUAAGUGUACGUUAUAUGAGGCAUAAAUAACCAACUGAGAACGUAUGUUAUGUAUGUUAACUAGAGAUGUAUUGAUAUAUAUUGAUAUAUAAUGUAGGAACCAGAAUAUUAAUAACAGAAAGAAACAACCCGAUAUUAAAAAAAAAACGAUUGAUUAUUUCCGAUAUUACAUUGUAAAGCAUUUAUUGG